CUGCGCUCGAACUGAACCCAUUCGUCGCUCCCCUCUUCUUCGUUCUCGUCUUUCUUUUCUACUCAGAAGCCCGAAUCCGGCGACGCAAAUGUUGCCCCUGUCGGUGCGCCGCGCGGUGGUCUCGGCUCCUCAGGGGGCCGGGCUGACCUCUUUGGCCACCUCCGUCCCCAAGGUCGCAGCCUCGAGCUUCAUCUUGAACCGCCCUCAGAGGCGUAUGUCGUCGUCGAAGCCCUCACGAUCCGAUGAGCCCAACGAUAUCGCGGCCGGACAGUCGGUGCCGGCAUCCGCGUCGGCGCGCGGAGAGAGCAAGGCCGGCAGGAAACGCAAGACCAAGGACGCGGCUGACCGGAAUGCGGCUUUCAAGAAGCUCCCUAGCGUUCCCAGCACCCACCACAUGUCGGAAGAAGCCCUGGGCUUGUCGACCUUCUUCUCGCUCCACCGACCCAUUUCCGUCACACAGACCAUGCCCCGGACCGUUACAGACGAGCACUUUGCAUCCAUAUUCGCGACUCGGUCAAAGUCGAGCAGGAUACGGGACACCGUUUCUACGCUCUCCGACACCAUCGAUCAGCUGGAAGGCCCCAUGGCCCAGAUGACAAUAGGCGGCCAGGACCAAGGUGCCAGCGACGGCAUGCACAGGCUUGAUGUCAAGAACUCUGACGGAAGCGAGUCGAGCAUCUAUCUCCAGGUUGACGCCAUGUCGGGCGAGUUCCUGCCUUUCCGCCCCCCUCCGUUGCCUCAACCGCAGCAAGGCGUCGAGGCGGAGGGAGUCGCUGCUGAGUCUGAGGCCUUGGAAGAGGCGGCCCACCACAGGGUGUACAAGGCCAUGUUCACCAUUGAGGAGUCGACAGAGCCGGACGGCCAGAUCAGGAUCAUUGCCCACAGCCCUCGAAUCAUGCAGGACGAGCAGCCCCGGACCUUUCUCGAGCGUCUGGCCCUUCGUCAGCUGCGCUUCGACCAAACUCGCGGCCACCGGGACAUGUAUGCCAUCAGCGUCAAGCGGCAACGAAAGCUCAAGAUGAAGAAGAAGAAGUACAAGAAGCUGAUGAAGCGAACGAGGAACUUGCGCCGCAAGCUGGAUCGAACGUAA